AUGGCUCCAUCUGCUACUACCACUGCUACCAUCACAGCUAAGGCUGAACCAGCUCCAGUUCCAACUCCACAAGCAAAAGACUCUGGUUAUACAAAUUUAGAUAUUCAUUAUCGUAAAGACCAAGACUCUGUUGAUCCAAAAACUGGUAUUUUAACUGUUGGUGAAAAAGAUCAACAAUAUGUUGAUUAUAAAGAAUGGUUACCAACUUGGGAUCCAAAACAAAAAUUGGAUCCUUAUCCUGAAGAUUUUAACAAGGAUUUUGUUGAUAGAGGUCAUUAUGCUGAUCCAGAAUUUAAAAAUUUAUUCCCACCAUCUGCAAAAGAUUCAAUCAAAUUUAAAAAUUUAUCACCAAGAUUAGGUACUGAAGUUGAAGGUGUUCAAUUAUCUCAAUUAGAUUCUAAAGGUAAAGAUGAUUUAGCUCUUUAUGUUGCUCAAAGAGGUGUUGUUGUUUUCAGAAAUCAAGAUCUAAAAGAUAAAGGUCUUGAAUUUAAUAAGAAAUUUGGUGAACAUUUUGGUCCUUUACAUAUUCAUCCAUCUUCAGGUGCUCCAUUAGAUUAUCCAGAAUUUCAUAUAACUUAUCGUCGUAAAGAUCCAAAUGAAUAUCAAAAAGUCUUUGGUAAUAGAUUACAUACAAAGGGAUGGCAUUCAGAUGUUACUUAUGAAAAAAAUCCACCUGGUACUACUUUCUUUGCAAUGUUACAAGGUCCAGAAUCUGGUGGUGAUACUUUAUUUUCUGAUACUGAAGAAGCUUAUAAUAGAUUAUCACCAAAAUUUAAAGAAAUGAUUGCUGAUUUAAAAUGUGUUCAUUCUUCAUAUGAACAAGCAGCUCAAUCUAAUGCUUCAGGUGGUAUUGAAAGAAGACCACCUUCAGCUUCUAUUCAUCCAUUGGUUCGUACCCAUCCAGUCACCAAAAAGAAAUCAUUAUUUGCAGGUAGAGCAUUCAUUAGACAAAUUAUUGGAUUAAAACAAGAAGAAAGUGAUGCAAUUUUAAACUUAUUAACUGAUUUCCUUGACCAUUCUGUUGAUUUACAAGUUAGAGCAAGAUGGGAACCUGGUUCAGUUGUUGUUUGGGAUAAUCGUCGUUUGUUACAUUCUGCAACUUUUGAUUGGAACUCUGGUGAAGUUCGUCAUUGUUAUAGAAUUACUCCAAUGGCUGAACGUCCUCAAUAG